UAAAGAACUACUUGAACUGGUCAGCAGGAAUAGAUUGACCCAAACCGAUCCACAGAAAACUUUUCAAACCUAACCAGCCAUCUACAUCCGGCAUGCAUCAUAAACCCAAGCUUUUAAUUUGGGAGAGAAAAGAAAAGGGAAAGAACAACACAAAAGGUACGUGACCGCCCAUCUUUAUCCUUCCAUUUCCUACCCAACGUACGUGUCAAGAGUAUAAAAGAAGGAAGGAAAAGUCCGGCUUGGGUCCAGCUCCUUCCUACUGCGGCGGCGCACUGCUCGCACAAUACUCCACAACAGGGAGAAGCAACAUCAACUUAGUUAUUAUAUUCCCUUAUAACGCCAGCCAAACAGACCCCUUAGCCUCUUCCCCUUCCGCCUCCUCCCUCCCUUCUUAUGUUGUACGUAUUGGCUUAUUUAUCUCUGCUUUAAAAUCUCUCACCUGUUUUAUUUUAGAUCAGAUCAUAGAUAGCCAGCUACCUUUUUCUUCCUUCCUUUCUUUCCUUUUUUUUUUUUUUCUAAAGUUCUAUCUUUCUAUCCAUCAAUUUCCAUUUCAUGCACACAUAACCAGGUAGCUAGCUAGCUAGCAGGAGUGAUCAUCAUGGCUCUAGUAUUGAACCGCAACUACAGCUACAACACUAGCCAUCAUCUGGGGCCAACUCCGCUGUCGAGGAGCAGCAGUAGCGGUACUUGGAAUGAGUUAUUAGGAGGAUAUAGCAAUAGUUCAGAGCAUUACAGCAGCAGCAGCAGCUCAGUGGUGAUGAUGGAGAAGAGACAGUUAUUUCUUAGAAGCUACCAGUUCAGCAGGAAAAGAACCCUAACAGAAAGGAUCAAGGGUUCUUUGAUAAGAGCGAAGAAAGUGAUGUGGCUGAGACUAAGAUCUGCUCGUAAAAUUAGAAGGUUGGUUUGGUCCAGACUCCGUUUUGCAUUCUACUGUCGCCGCAGAAGAAGAUUUCUUCGCCUCAUCAACCAUAAUCAUCACAACUCAUCCACCUGCACUUUCUGGUAGGAGGACUAUAAAUAUAUAUUGGGCUGUUUCUUUCUUUCUUUCUUUCUUUUCUUUUUCUAGUAUUUAUUCUUCAGGGGAAAAAACUGUUUCUUCCUAGUUUCUCUAGUGUGGGAAUUAGUUUUUAUGCCUGGCUCUAGCUAGCUAGCCUGGGAAUAUUAAAGGGCUAAAAUCCUUCAUUACAGCAUUGAUGUUCAAUUAA